AACAUUAAAAAAAAUAAAACCAAAAACAGCUGAUGAUUGAUGAGAAAGUAAAUUGUGUGUUGUUUUGUAUUAUUAAUAUUGAAAGUUAGCUUUUGUCAGCUAAAAUAAUGGCAGAAUUACAAACCCUCAUUGAAAUGGGUUUCUCCAAAGAGCGAGCGGAGAAAGCAAUGGCAGUGACUAACUAUAAGGGCGUGGAGCCGGCGAUGGAGUGGUUGCUGGCGCACGCGGACGACCCGGCGAUCGACUCUGGGCACACGCUGGCGUCAAGCUCCAGCGGCAGCAACGUUGAUGGGUCGGCGUCGGCUACCUCGUCUGCCAGCGAGCCCGCGACCAGCGAGGCCGAGGCCAAGUCCUUCAAGUGCGACGAGUGCGGCAAGCUGCUCAAAGACCAGGACGAGAUGGAGUACCACGCCGCCAAGACGAACCACAGCAGCUUCUCAGAGUCCACUGAGGAGAAGAAACCGCUCACUGAGGAGGAGAAGAAGGCUCAACUCGCGCUGCUCGAGGAGCGAAUGAAACAAAAACGGAAAGAGAGAGAGGAGAGGGAAAAGGCAGAAGCUCUGGAAAGGGAGAGGAUCCGCAUCAAGUCGGGCAAGGACAUGCAGGACGCCAAGACACGGAUGCAGGAGCAGGAGAUGCAGAAGUUGGUGGAGCAGCGCCGCCGGGACAAGCUGGAAGACCAGCGGGCCAGGGAACGUGUCCGUGCACAGAUUGAAGCUGACAAACAGGCUAGAAAGCUAGCAGCGCAAGGCAAGACGGCGGAGGUGGCCGCGCCGGUGCCCCCGGUGGCGGCCGCGGCGCCCGCGUGCAAGGUGUCCUACGAGCAGGCGCGCAUACAGCUGCGGCUGCCCGACGGACAACAGCUCGCUCACACCUUCGGGGCCAAGGAGCAACUCGCCGCCGUCAGACUGUACCUACAACUGCACUCGCAGGAGUUUGCCCAACAAGAUAAUUUCAAAAUGAUGACAACUUUUCCAAAGAAAAUAUUCACAAGUGAAGACUAUGAGAAACCUUUGGAAUUAUUGGGUCUGGUACCAUCAGCAGUGAUCAUAGUAUCGAAGGGUGGUCAAUAAAUUACAAUGUGAAACAAAAUGCGACACAACGUAUGGAGUACGGACUGAGCGAUUGGGAUGGGGCUCAAACUCAACUGAGCACAUGGUUACAAUAUUGUCUGGCAAACGAAAAUUGACGGUAAGGUGAAAUGAACGAAAAGCAAUAGUAAAUUCGAGCCUUAUUUCUUUUUUAAUGGACUUGCUUUAAUGCUUUAAUAAAUCAGAGGUGAGACGAAUACAAUUUAAUUAGGCUACAAUCUAAUAUUUCUUUCAAAUGGAUCUUUAAUUUUUAUUAAAAGUACAAAUAUUAAUUUAGUUCUUAUCCCGAAAUUAAUAACAAAAUAUAUAAUGAUUAUUGUUGUUUAAGUGAAGUCGCGAAAGUGCACGCUUCGCGAAUUUAAUAUCUUGUAUCUAUAAGUAUUUUAAAACAAAACACGUUAAUACCCAAUUGCGUCAUACAAUGUUUCCCGUGUGUAAAUGUAUAAGUACAUAAACUUAUGUGUAAACAAGCAAAUCCGGGUCGUUUCAGAAUGUUGAAACCUACUUGCUUUACUUUUAAUACCUACUGGUAACUGUAAUGUUUACUUACUAAAGUAGCGGCGCUCUAUGAUGGCCGUUUUGACGUUUGUCCCGCGCAUCAAGUUUCGUAUUAAUUUAUAAGUACAUUAAAGUAGAAAAUAGCUGUACUUUAUUGCGUUUUAACCGUAUUGACGGUGCGAAUUGCUGUACUAUAUUAUGUCCAAACGCCAUCAUAGCGUGCCGCUGGUUUAGUACAGUGCGUAAUUUACCUGUCAAUUUUCGUUUGCAAGUCUACCUGUGUUUGUAAACUUAUGUUUUGAGGUAAAUAAAACGGUUCCAUUUUCUAUUUAUUCCACGUUUAUCUCAUUUAUUACCUAAUAUAAAACCUUUUAAGAUUUUACUGUCACAUCUAUUUGGCAAGUUACCAGGGAAUUCUCAUACAUUUGGGUGCAUUUGGUCUAUAGUACAAAGCCAUAUUUUACGUGCUUAGGUUUAUUAUGAAAUAAACAACAUUUAUAGAAACAUUUAGAAAAUAUAAAGUUAGUAGGAUUGUCAAUGUUAGUCUUAGGUACUGGUCUGGGUUACAUAGCCAAAAGGAUUACAAAAAUAAAAAGUACAAAAUAUAACACAGACAUUGAGAGAAAAUAUAAGUGUAAUACCGUAGUAGAUACAAAUACUCCAUGGUAAUACUCAAAAAGGACUUGUACUUGAGGCAUUCAGGAAAUUUCUCUAUUCUACGAUUACAUAUUAUUAUUUUAUUUAUUUAACGUUUCCGAAGUAAUUAUAUUCUAUAGAAGACUAGUUUUAUAUAAGUAACAAGAUUUCGGUACACAGACUUAGCGAAUCAAUGUUUUAAUACUACAGUCGUAUCAUUUAUCUCAGAGAUCAACAGAAUGUUUUCAGAUUUCAUUCCUAGAUAUUAUUAAAAAAAUAUUAUUUGGUUUUACAACUGACUGGGUUUAAAAUGCAAUUUGACUUCUAUAAUCAUGCAAUUUUUCACAACAAUCUUAAAUUGGGUAAUUUCCUAAGUCAAAGAUAAAUAAAUUAUAAUAUCAAUUUCAAUUUAUUCUGAUAACUAAAUAAAGACAGAUCUAAAGUUGUCAAAAUACGUUUUCUUUUUUCUAUUUAACUUAUUUAAGAAUUUUAAUAAAGAUUUCAUCACGUUUUUCUAAGACGUCUCAGUUUUUUUUUUUCAUACAAAUUCCAUAGUAAUUUCGUGUUUUGACGUUUAAUAAAAAGUAACUGAUUUGACUAGUUGGAAACUACCCUAUUGAUUUUUUAAAUUAUAUUUAAAAGUAAUAAUUCGCUAUUUUUAUAAUUUCUUCUAUAAAUUCCUCGAAAAUUUACUGGUUAAAU